UAGUAGUGUGCCUUGACUCCCGAAGCGUUCAUGGGCGAGACUGAUAAAAGAAAAAGUCAACGACGUGUAAAUUUUUUGUCAGAUAUUGAUUAAGCAAUUUCCCCAAUUCUUGUUCGCAAACCAAUAGUUUUCUCUACUCCGUAUCCGACCCAGGGGAAUAUUGUGAACUGCAGAGCAGAAUUUGAUGUGGGCUUUUGAUGAACCCUGUCUUUUUUCACUCGUAAUUUCCUCCUAUUUGAGUUUUAUCCAGUAACGUUGGGUUCUGAUCCUCUCCAGUCUUCCAACAGAGAAGUGAACUUAUAUGCUUGUUUUAGUUUGAAGUAUUUAUCUAGGAUAUUGUGGAGUGCCCAGUAUGGCUGAUGUCAGUCCUAUGACUGAUACUUCAACUGAUGCUGACACUGAAGAUAAGAAUUUGAGGAACGCUCUCUCACAGGGUCUGGUAGCUUCUGAUGGCAGCGAUAAGUCCAGGGAUCAAAAAAUGCUCCGCAGGCUCGCUCAAAACCGUGAAGCUGCGAGAAAAAGCCGUUUGAAAAAAAAAGCUUAUGUUCAACAGUUAGAAAGCAGCAGAAUGAAGUUGACACAACUUGAACAGGAACUCCAACGAGCUAGACAACAGGGCAUAUUUAUUUCAAACUCAGGAGAGCAAGCUCAGUCGAUGGGAGGAAAUGGUGCUUUGGCCUUUGAUGUUGAAUAUGCACGCUGGCUGGAGGAACAUAACCGCCGGGUGAAUGAGCUAAGAGGUGCAGUCAAUCAACAUGCAGGUGAUGGUGAACUUCGCAUAAUUGUGGACGGCAUCUUGGCACACUAUGAUGACAUUUUCAGGAUAAAAGGGGACGCUGCAAAGGCUGAUGUCUUCCAUAUUUUAUCAGGCAUGUGGAAAACACCUGCAGAAAGGUGCUUCCUCUGGCUUGGUGGUUUUCGUUCAUCUGAACUUCUUAAGCUUCUUCUAAAUCAGUUAGAGCCCUUGACCGAGCAACAGUUAAUGUCAAUAAACAACUUACAACAGUCAUCUCAACAGGCUGAAGACGCCUUGUCACAGGGAAUGGAAGCAUUGCAGCAGUCUUUGGCCGAAACAUUGGCCGCCUCACUCGGCCCAUCAACAGGAAAUGUUGCCAACUACAUGGGUCAAAUGGCAAUGGCUAUGGGAAAGUUGGGAACUCUGGAAGGCUUCAUUCGUCAGGCUGACAAUUUGCGGCAACAGACUUUGCAACGAAUGCAUAGUAUAUUGACAACUCGGCAAUCAGCUCGUGCUCUACUUGCCAUCAACGAUUACUUCUCUCGGCUUCGAGCACUUAGCUCUCUUUGGCUUGCUCGUCCCCGUGAGUAACAUCUCCCCGUUAAUGCAACUUGGUUUGUAUGUUUGUUGACAAUGUAAAAUUCGGAGGCAGCCAGGGGUCAGCAGACGGUUUCUGUGAAUUCUUCCCAUCAUCGUCAUCAUUCCUGCAGCUUCAUCUCAUGUUGUAUAAUUUUUCAUUUUCAGUUACUUGAAGUAAUUGAUUUACAACCAAUGUUAAUAUAUUUAGAAAAGGAAAAAAAGGGUCAGAUCGAUAAAUAUAGUUAGCUUAGAACAUUGUGUUUAAGCGCCACAUUUUCUGAAGUAGCAAGAAAGACUUCACAAAAUAUGAACGACGAUUGAUUACAAUUGAUUUGGAUGAUGUAGCGUCUUUUCACAAAUUUUAGUGAGAUUCGGAUGGUGAAUCAUGGAAA